GGUUUGGUUCUGCGCGUGACCGGUCGUCACUCGCGCGCUCACAGCGGACAAGACCGCUUCGAAUUUCGAACGCUGACGUACAUUUAUUUUUAAAUCCAUUAUUCUCAAGUGCCAGUGGGAUUGAGUUGGAUUCUGUGCCAGUGUUAGUGAUUGUUUGAUACAGGUAGUGAGGUGACUCGAACAUCUGUGUCAGUGCAUAAAACUAGUAAUAUAAUAUCGAUAUGUUAUCGGAGGUACAGUGAAUUAUCGAGUGAUUAUAUCGACUGGAUAACUUUACGACACUGGCGUGAGCAAUACCAGCCUUCUAUAUUGUUUGAUGUCAUUCCGCUCCAAAGCUGAUGGAUAGUCACAGUAGAUCGGCGUCGCCGCGAGAGGCUUCGCGGCCACAGCACCGUCCUCCCUCCCCUCCCGCCUCCCCCGCAGGCUUCGACAACAGAGCCUACCAACACGACGAGGCAGACCCGAACCACAAUGACUCCUUUACAUCCACCGUGCACCAGAACGGCCACAGCAAGGAGCCCAAUGGCGACACGAAGACGCUAGAAGCAGUUAAUCUUGAGCUGAUUAACUUGACUCCAAAGAACGGCGCAAAGAAAAAAGACGUGGAGGUCGAUAUGAACGCCACGAAUCCCUACGACGAAUACUUCGUUCCUGUCAACGAACACAGAAAAUAUAUGAGAGGAGAGAAGCUGUAUGUGACGGCAGACAAACGUGGUGAAAAGGGGGGAUGCAAGAGACCGCUGUGUUGGACUUUACUGGGGUUGCUGGUCGCCGUGAUAGUAGCUCUCAUCGUCCUGGCAGCUACUGGAAUCCUGUUUUCAAACACUCCAACACCCUUGGAACAAUACAAUGUAUCUGUUAGUUCAGCAAGAGCCUUCGGUGGGAUUGGAAACAUUGACAGCGAGCAAGCUAAUCCUGACCACACAGAUCAUGUUCACGACCAUACGGGUCAUAACCACGAUCACAUGCAUGAUGCAAAAGAGCACAGUGACCAUGAUGACCAUAAUGACGUCACAACGAUGGCAGCCGAACGCACUCAGGAACAAAACGAUGAUGACCAGGAACAUCUUGUCAUGUCGGACGAGUCCAGUGACGUAAACAUGUACGUACCACGGACAGUUGAAGGUGAACUAAGAAUUGACAAUGAAGACUUUGUCCCUGCUCUACAAGAUACAGAAAGUGAAAAAUAUAGGGAGUUCACAGCAAUCUUUAAUGAUGCACUAAAACGGGCUAUCCUAGAAAAUAUAGAUACAAGCGACAACGACGUCACUCUUGAAGUUAUUGAAAUAAGGAAUGGGUCAGUGAUAGUUACAUACAGAAUUAACUGGACACCAAAAUAUAACUCUGAACUCAAAGAAGAACUUUUCACGGCAAAUUUACUUAAAAGGAACUUAGACAUAUAUCUAUCUAAAAACAAUAGAAUGAUCAGUAUAUAUCACGUCGCAGAAGGAUCAGUGAACGCUAGACCAGUACUCGAUAUGUGUAAAAUCAAUAACUAUAAUUGCGAACACAGUUGCGAAUUUGACGAAACCAUUCUUGAAUUUAUGUGCACAUGCCCAACUGGCCAGAUGAUAGACAUUAAGUAUCCAAAGAGAUGUCUAUCCGUUUCAGAAACACCAGAAACAAAUAAUGACAAUCGACAAACAUCAGCUUCUGUUGAUACAAAUUCAAUGGAAUCUUCAGAAACAGAGAAACCGAACACAGAGUUACCACAAGUUGUUAACAAAUUCGACUGGAAGGAAAUAAAAUACGUUCCGACAACAACGACUGAGUCAGAAGAGGUAAACUUCUCACAUAUAUUUGGUCAUCCUAAUGAAGAUCAUGAGGAAACAGAGACUCUUAAGCCUGAACCAGCAACAACGUCUAGCCAAGAUACAUAUUCUGGAUUAGGGUCUGACCCCAGGCCCGUUCCAACUUCGGAGCCCGGUCCUCAACCUGAACCUACCGCAGAACCAAAUCAAGAAACAAUUGCUGAAUCAAGUUAUGAGCUUCAAUCUGCAGUGGGUGAUAGCUCAGAAUCAAAAUUAUCUUCAAAUCCUAAGCCAGAACCAGAACCUUCAGCAGAACCCAAACCAGAGCCUCAACCAACAGCAGAACCUAUUCCCGAACCAACAGCAGAACCUAUUCCCGAACCAACAGCAGAACCCAAACCAGAGCCUCAGCCAUCAGCAGAACCUAUUCCCGAACCAACAGCAGAACCCAAGCCAGAGCCUCAGCCAAUAGCAGAACCUGUUCCCGAACCAACGGCAGAACCCAAGCCAGAGCCUCAGCCAUCAGCAGAACCUAUUCCCGAACCAACAGCACAACCUAACCCUGAGCUGGAAUCAACUACAAAGCCUUACUCUGAUCCGCCGUCCUCGGAAGUACAAUCAUCAGAGCCAAAUUCAGAACCUGAACCAUCAACAAAAUCCAAUUCAGAACUCUUACCACUAGGAGAACGGUUCCCAGAGCCGGAACCAUCGGCAGAGCCUAGUCUAGAGCCUUUUACAACUUCAGACUCUAAAACAGAGCCAAGACCUAUGUCAGAGCCGAAUUCAGAACCUGAGCUAUCGAGAAAAGACUUAAAUCAAAUCCCCGAAUACAAUGCAAUGCCUUCAUCCGCAGAACAAAGUAAUAUUCCAUCUACAGCCCUUCCAAAAUCAGGUCUACAAGAAGACUUUACUACCUCGUCACAGCUGUUUGAAAAUAUUGAACCUAGCUUUCAAGAAUUACAUGAAGUUUCUCAAACCAAAAACAUCCCUGACACAAACACGGUAUCAUCGCUAUCUAAAGAAUGGAGUCAAAAUGAUUUUAAUUUAGCCGUUAUAGGAAGUGAUCCAAAAAAAACUUCAAGUGAGGGUCAGACUACAGAAGAAAAUAUGUAUCCGGAGAAUACUAAAUCGGUCACAUCUCCAGAUGCAGCGGUAAACCAAAAUGAAUUUUACUCGAACGAGUCAAAUGGAAACAAAAAUCCAAGUAUAUUUAUUGAUACGACAGAUCAAACUCCAACGACUACAGAGAAUUUAUUCUAUGGAAGUCUUGACUUAGAAGUGUCAACUAAAGCUGACGUACAAAAUGUAGCCUUACCUGUGAAUCCACUUAAGGAAUUUAAUAAUGCAAAUAAUCGUUAUGAUGAAAAUGUAUCAACUACAGCCAAAAAUUCAAAUUCUAAAACUGAAAUUAUAAAUAGUACUGUUACUGAUCAUGAAGCUGAAGUAAUUCCUAUAUUGACAAACAAAAACGUAGAACCAACUACGGAGAGUAGUGCGAAUGAUGCGACGACCGUAAGUGAUUGGAUCAGUGCUGAUAUGUCAACUUCUAACCCACCUCAAAUAUAUUUAAACAAAGAAAUGUUUGCAACAAAAAAUUUACAACCGUAUAUCUUAACAGAAUCAAGGGCAUCUAAAUCAAUUGAUGAUAAUAAUUUUGAUGUAACCACUGAAUCAAGUGAUCAAAUGGAUGGUGAUGAUAUCACAUUUGAACUAUUACAUAAGCAAGAUUCAGCAAUGUACAAACCACAGCAGGAUAAUAGUUUUAAGGAUCAAUCUACGAUAACUGUACCACCAGAAAUCGACCACUUCCAAAACGUUAUAUUAAAUGAGACCGGCUUGCUUAUUAACAACUCUGUCCAGCCAAUGAUUGAUAAAAUUGAAAAUGAUACAACACAUUUAGAACCUGACACUCCAGCAACAGUUUCUUCAAAGUCAGGUGAUCAAAGUGAAAAAACUACUGUUUUAAAUGAAGUGGCCACGAAUUUUUCAAUUCAAAAGGAUUAUAAAAUGUCUAAUUUGAGUUAUGAUUUAAUACAACUCCUAGAAAAAAAUAAUUCAACAGAAUCAGUUCCAAAUAAAACAAUUAUUUCCGAGAAUAAUAUUACAAAUGAAAAUCCUGAUAUAACAUUUGACGGUAUAAGCAGAUUUUAUAAUAAUACUUCUAACUCUAUGGAGAACGAAAGUAGUGGAAAAGAGACAACAACUGAAGUUAAUAACAAUUAUACAUUUGAAGUGACAGAAUCUGACUGGCUUGCGGCUCCAAUUACUGAAAUCAAUUAUGAAGAAAUAAUGAAAAAAUCAAGUAGUCUAGAAACAACUGAAACGUCUAUCACAAAACUGGAUGACUUACUUAAUAAAGACGACUUUGAGCCAGACUACUUAAGCAUGAGUACUAAUAAUAAUAAAACAGACCAAGAAGAACCCCUUUACGGGAUGGCCCACGAUUAUGAUUCUGAUGAUCCUCGUAUUAAAAGAGUUAACACCGAUUAUGUAAACAAUAUAAAUGUGAGUAAUACAAUCCUGAACACUACUGAGACAUCUCUGUUUAUGAACAACAAUGUGCCAUUCCAAACAACUACUAUUGGAGAUUACAUUUACAAGUCCACUACAAAAGAAACAGUUCAACAACCCGGGACAUCGCCAAUAGUUUUAAAUGAAACAAAUAAUGAAAUGGUGACUGACUCAAUAUUAUCAACAACUGAACGUAAUAUAAGUGAUUCUGGAGAAGAAGUUAUUAAUAAGACUAUUCCUAAUAUUGAAAAAACAGCAAUCAGUAGCUUGAAUGAUUCAAACAGCAGCACAUCAUCAACACUUAAUGAGAAUAAUAGAAAUAAUGAAUCGAAUGUAAAUAACCUAAAAGUUACGAUUUAUGAAAUUCCUAAUCAAAAUACUAAUCAAACAAGCAUACUAUCGAAGACACAAGCUUCACACUCAAUAGAAUAUGACGACCACGAAACAGAAAUGAAUCCAUUUUUGCCAGAAAUUGAAAACAAUAAAGUCCUCGUUAAAAAACUCCAAGAAGGACACGAUAUUGAACCCAAUAAUUUAAAUGAAACACAAAACGAAAACACAGAAGAACACAGUUUUAUAAACAGUGAACCAAAAGUUGAUACAGAAGUAACGAUAACUGAAAAGCAAUACUCCAACACAACUGAAACUCCGGAAAAAAUAGAACCAACAACCGAAGAAGAUACAUUUAAAGAACUUCUAAUGAACACUCCACAAAAAGAUUCCAGCAUGAUAAACCAAAACGCAAUUAAUAUUAUAAACAACACAAAACAAGAGACUGAUGCAGUUUUACCGAUUUCAUCAUUUUUAUUAGAUACUGAUGAUUUAGAUACAUCGAAAACGUUAAGUAAGCCUUCAUCGCCGGAUAAUGAUGUAAAUGAUGAAUCUCCAACAGAAUACCUUAGUGUUGUUCCAAUUAAUGAAAAAGAUUCGGUUAAAAAAAUUUACAAAAGUGAAAACUUACAAGAACUUAAUUCCAUCAGUGAUUCCCCAAAAAAAAGUGACAGAAGGACAAUCGAGAGUGUAAUAUCAACUGAUUCCUUAUCUAACAAUGAAGCGUAGCCACUUUUAUCCGUAGAUGUAGGAUUCAUACUUAAGGUUGUACAUUUUUAAGCUAAAUAACUACUGUGAUUUAUUUUGAACAAAAUCAUCGAGAUCUAAUAAUCAUUCACUAAUUCAAGUGUAAUUAUUUAUAACAUUACGUUGUUAAAGAAACCUAAAAAAGAAACCUAGCUUUGGUAGCCAAAUCUUGUUAUAAAUUAGAGGUACUAUGUUUAUGUUUAUGCAAUAAUUGAAUAUUUAGACUCUAAAGUUUAGAGUCUAAACAUUACUAUACUACUGUAAGAUUUGGUUGCCAAAUCUUGUUGGAAUAUGGUAAUAAUAUGUACUUAAUAGUAAUUGAAACUUUAAAGAUUUUACUAUACUAUUGUUAGACUAGUCAAAUUAGGAAGUCGUCAUCUUCGUUGCAAAUAUUUUAUUUAUUGCUUCAAUUUAAGAUGCACCCGGCCAAAAAUGUUUCAAAUGGAAAAUACAAGCCACUUUAAACUUGUUACCAUAGUUAAAUAUACCUGAUGUCUAUAUCUUAACGUUUCUAUCAACGAGCACCUAAUUUAGUAUAACGUUAAUAUAAUAUAUUUAAUUGUGGCACUUUUAUGUGACCGUUUGCCAUUUUGUAUUGUGAUGUGAUAAAUUCUGAUCCUGGUAUUCCUGUAUCUAUAACAUAACAUUCCAUUCGUACAUAAGGUAUGACAAUAUAUUAUUUUAGGUAUAUUUCGGAAGCGUGUUCUGAUUGUAAUAUAAUUAUUAUUAUUAAAUAGUUCUUGUUAACUGAGAGAUAUUGUAUAAUAUGUUUAAACUGUAAAGAAAUACAUUAUGUUGUAAAUAAAAAAUAUGUUAAUAAA